AAGAGGCAGGUAAACCAGCUGAAGCGGGCAGGUGGCUGGCGGUCCGGCCCGUGAAGGAGCUGCCGGGAGUUCGUGCCCUGCAGGACAUGACACAAGUGGCACAUCCUGGCCAUGGGGUCCCAGCAGUCCGUUUGUGCUCACCCCCCUUCUUGCAAGCGGAAGAAGGCAGAUGACAGGGAGGAUUUGCUGGCAGAACGGGAGCAGGAAGAAGCCAUUGCUCAGUUCCCGUAUGUGGAGUUCACAGGGCGAGAUAGCAUCACCUGUCUCACGUGCCAGGGGACAGGCUACAUUCCAACAGAGCAAGUAAAUGAGUUGGUGGCUUUGAUCCCACACAGUGAUCAGAGAUUGCGUCCUCAGAGAACUAAGCAGUAUGUCCUCCUGUCUGUUCUGCUCUGUCUCCUGGCAUCUGGUUUGGUGGUUUUCUUCCUGUUUCCACAUUCGGUCCUCGUGGAUGAUGACGGCAUCAAAGUGGUGAAAGUCACGUUUAAUGAGCAGGACUCCCUUGUAAUCCUCGCCAUCACGGCCACCCUGAAAAUCAGGAAUUCCAACUUCUACUCUGUGGCGGUGACCAGCCUGUCCAGCCAGGUUCAGUACAUGAACACCGUGGUUGGGUCAUAUGUGACAACUAACAUCUCCCUCAUUCCACCUCGGAGCGAGCAUCUGCUUCUUCUGCAGGUUACCCGAUAUCCUGGUGCACAACACAGUGGUCUUCAUGCGAACUUCAGUGAAGAUUUCCUACAUUGGCCACGUGACCCAGAGCUCCUUGGAGACACAUCACUAUGUGGAUUGUGGAGCAAAUUCCACAGCUGUUUAGAAACUGCUCGUGGUUCUUCCAUGGCAGCACCUGUCAGAAGAGACAUAGCAUCUGUUCCCGGGGCCUGAGCCCUGUACCUACCCCAGGGGGUAGAACCAGAGGAGAAAUUGGUUCUCUCAGUCCCCAGCAGACAUCCUCCUGCCACUAGGGAGGAAAACUCCUCUCUGUAGCGCCAUUUACUUUUCUCAGAACCAGCAGGAUCACUGCCUAGUGCCUAGCCUAUGCCCAGCAAAUAGUAGGCACUCAAAGAAGGUUUGAAGAGCUUAACUGAGAUCUUUUCAGCUGUUCUUGGGCCAUUAUCAGUUAAAAUCAUACCAUGGUUCUAGGGUAUCAGACGAUAGAGUGAUCCGGAAAUAAGACGGUCGGUGCAGUUGCAGAACUAUUUUCGGGGCCUCAUCACAGAAGAGGCAGCAGGGAGGGAGCAUUUGAAUACAUUAAAGAAGAAAGCACAGACCAUUCAAUAUGUGAAAUUUAUUCAUCUGCUUCCAAAUGCCUAGGAACUUUAUUAAAGAAAAAAAAUAACUUUUUUUUUCCUGUAGAAAGUUAAAACUGUUUUUUACCAAGAGUCUGUGGGGUCUGAUUUACCCUUCAUCCAUUGGCUGGAACAUGGAUUGGAGAAUUUGGUAGAAAAGUAAACCCUGCUUUUGAUUCAUCUGUGUCUCCUCUGAUUGUCUGGACGUCUCAGGAGGCACCUCUGGGGGACCGUAGAAUAGUUGCUUGUGAAGUGUUAUCAGCACACGAUGGGAAGGGAAGAGAGGAAGCCCUGCUUGUACUGGCCCCAUGAGCUCCUAUCACAGUCCGUCUACCUCUGAUGCUGACAGGUUGGCCUAUCGCUGUUGUAGAACAGAGCACUUAAUGCCCCCUGGAGGUUGGACGAGGUAGAGCAGUGAUGCUUGAGGAUUGAGAAGCUGCUUCUCUGAGGAGGAAUAACUUGCUAAUUAAGAGGACCUGGUUUGAAGUUGAAAGCUUCUUGAACGGUCUCCACCCUCUCCACCACCCAAAGAGCAGGCUCCAGCCCCACGAUGGCAGGGCAUCUAGGGGGAAGCUUGAGUAGUCAGUUUCAGAACUCCGCUGAGGUGGGCUCCAGCUCCUUCUCCAGCGCUCUUGCCUCGGGAAACCCUAACAGCAACAGGUGGUGGCACGGGGUCUAUUUUCUUUUUUGUCCUCAUUCACAUAGCUUGAUUUUCAAUAUCAGUGAUCUUUGCACUCUGAAUCUUCACGCUAAGGCUAAAUUUCGCGGUGUUUGGCCGAUGCUGACCAUGCUUGAGUAACCCAAGAGCUGAGGGUUGGAAGCCGAGUUUCCCUGUUAACCUGGAUCCUUUAACGGUCUGUAUGUACACGAUGGUGAUGACUGUUCUGUGUGUAAAUGAUGGAACACAACUUGUAUGGAAGCAGAUGUGCACCAUUUUUGAGGACAUGCCCUAAACACAUCUAAGAUGUACACAUUGCUACAUUUUUUUAUUUUCCAAUUUUCCAAACAGCCUCUAGCAUAUUUUUCAUGUGAUUUUGACAAGGUUACUCCUAUUGGUACUUCAGUUUUGAAUAAUUUUUUGUGACCGUGUGCCGCAGUAGCAUUUCUUGCUUCUCAAUGUUAUCUUUAUUUUUUUUAUUUUAGAACUUUCAGGUUGUUUACUCAUUUUUUUUAAAUUGCAAUAUAGUUGUUUUAUAGUGUUGUGUUA